CCGACUGACUCGAACUCUAGGAGUCCAAACCAACAACUCUGCUUACAUAAACACCGAGGGUGUGGAGAGAAGACGUCUUCAGAGGUCCCAGUCGCGAUGGCAGUAACACGUUACAAAUGCUGACAUUAAACCUCAGCGAAAGAUCAGCGCUCGCAACUUUAUUUAGAUUUACAACUGUCAUGUCAGCAGGCGAAAUGAAGGCGGACGACGCGUUUCGUCGGUUUGUUGGUCCACUACAAAGACGCGUCUAUUUUAUCCUUACUUUACCGAUCUUUUUCACCGCUUUUACGUUUUUCGUGGACGUCUUUACGCUGCACAUUACGCCUUGCGGCGAUGACAAGCCCCUGAACCAAACAGCGGACGCUAAUAUGUUCAACACCUCAACGAGCUGGACGGGCGAUCGCAGCGACCUCUCACGCGCGAAUCGUUUUGCGCACGGACAGGCGACGUACAUGACGGGUUUACUCGUCGGUUCUUUAUUCGGUGGCGCUGUUUCUGACAGGUACGGAAAGAAAUUGCUCCUAAUCUGCUGCUCGGCGGUCCUCGCGGUUGCUACCCUUGUCGUGGCGUUUCUUCCGUUUGUGUCUGUGUACUUGACUGCCCGGGGCAUCAGUGGAGCUGCCUGCUGUGCCAUUCACAUCUGCACCUACAGUUUGGGAGUUGAAUGGAGCCUGCCCAAGUAUCGCGUCUGGCCACCCACUUUGUUUUCCUUCAUCUUCAGUCUGGGAAUGAUGGGAUUGGCGGCUGUGGCUUUCUUGGCCAGCGGUUGGAUGCAGUUUCAUCUGGCGCUGGGCAUCCCUCAGAUCCUUUUUCUACCUCUUUAUUUGUCAGUAGAACAAAGUCAAAUUUCCAACGCAUCGUUAAAGCGUUGGGGAAAAAAGGUGUUUGCUUUUGUUUAUUCAUUCUUUCUCGCAAUUGUUAGCUUUCUUCCAGAAUCUCCCAGAUGGUUGCUUCUGAAUAAGAGGAUGAAAACACUUGAGGGCUAUCAGAAUAGAAGUCCUGAGGACAAGCACUACUUGGGUCUUCUUUUGGAUUCUGUGGACAAUGAGACGCAGAAACCACUCUCGGAGAAGACCUGCACUAAAACCGUGUCUAAUUUUGCCAACUUUACAUCACCUACUAUACUCCUGCGUCUGUUUGUCAUGAGCUACAUUGGUUUUGCAUCUGCUCUCACUUACUAUGGGAUCUGCUUCAGUGUGGGAAGUUUUGGUGUAAAUAUCUAUCUGGCGCAGUUUUUCUCGGGACUAUCAGAGGCUCCCUCUUUGCUGCUUCCAUUCCUGUUGAAGCGAUGGGGCCGUAGGCCGUUCAGCAUGGGUUCGCUGUUUCUCAGUGGCAUUUCCUGUAUGCUGUCUCUCCUCGUUUCCAAGUUUAGCGACAUGCCUGCCCUUGUUAUGACUCUGGCACUUAUGGGCAAGCUGUGUAUGCAGUCUACCUACUGUGUCUCUGUGCUUUAUGGGAUCGAGCUGUUCCCAACUGUAAUAAGGCAGAAGUGCGUCGGUCUGGUCAGUCUUUGUUACCGAGUGGCCUGUAUUAUAAAUGCAGUGGUGACCCCAGACGGCGGGAUCUCUCUGCCAGCUAUGAUCUGUUACAGCAGUGGACCAAUCAUUGGUGCAGCCCUGUGCCUGCUUCUUCCAGAGACCAGUGGCAUCCCUUUACCAGACACGGUACAAGACUGUGACAAACAGCCUAGACUGAAGCUCUCGUGCUGUGCAUGUCGGCCUGUGAAGCCUAAACAGGAGUCAGAUGCCUCUUCUAACAGGGAGAAUGACAUGAAGAACCGAAUGGAAUGCAGACCCCUCUCGGCAUAAUCAAAAAGAGGAGCAAAAACAUAUUCUUUUCUGCCUUUUCUAUAAAAAUCAAGUAAAAAGUUGGGACGCGUGGGAUGUCAAGACAUCAGAAAUGCUUCAAGGAGUAAUGUGUUUGUAAUGAUUGUUUUUUCUGGAUGAUUAUGAUACUGGAACAUCUAGCAAGAUUUAAUUUUAUACUGGAAUCCUUCAGUGCUGCUAUUGUAGAUAUCUUUAUUUAGGAGCUCUUUAGUUAAAAAAAAAGCACACAUUUAAAAAUAUAUAUAUAUAUAUUUUAUGCUUUGAAUGUACAAGUGUUUUUUUGAGAAAUAGAUUUUUCUUAAUGUUCUUGGAUUUCCAAAGUAAAAUUUUUACCUUCACAAACACUUGGGGGCAAAGUCUUGUGCAAGCAGGUUAAAUCAUUGUUUUUAGAAAAAAAAAAAAAAAAAAACUUUAACUCGGAUGUAUUAUGCACCUUUUUUUUUAAAAAAUAAUUACUAAAACAAAAAGGAUAUUUAUUUGCAUUUAUCCUUUCCAUUGCACAAAAUGUUCUUUAGAUUUACACCAAGAAAAUAAUAUUUUCUUGAUUUCAAAGGCAUAAUGCAUUCCACUGUGUUUGCUAAAGUAUAAUAGAAUAUUUGCUAAAAUUGAAUUAUGCGUCUUGAACUUUUCUACCAUUUUAUAAAACUUUUCCAAUCCACCUACUUCUUAAAAUUUCCAUGUAGGUCUUGGAGGAAUGUGGAAUAAAAAUGUUCCAAACACA